AGAAAAAUAAUAAAUAUGAAUAAAAUUCGUUUGGUAUUACGAGUCUUGAUCCUGGUUUUUGCGUCAAACUUGUAUAUCGUCACAGGAGAAAAUAAUGAAGAAGCGAGUGUUCCAGAAAAGCUUAUCCCGACCAUUCGACUCAAAUCUGGAUACGAGAUGCCAGUAUUAGGUUUCGGAACUGGGAAGUUGGGACAUCGUACAACAAAUGCAACAAGACAGGCGAUUAACAUGGGAUACAGGUUGAUCGACACUGCCAAAUCAUAUAUUGCAAUUCCUUCCGUGCCCUCAGAAAUGGUUAUAGGAAAGCUUAUAGAAGAUAGUGGAAUACCAAGAGAAGAAUUUUUUAUCGUCACAAAAAUUUUGCCAGAAUAUUUCACGGAAGAAGAGUGCAGAAAAGCAAUACAAGAAUCUUUGAAGUUUUUGAGAACGUCGUAUAUUGAUCUUGUUUUAAUUCAUACUCCUGAAUAUUUUGACGAAAACGGAAUAUCAGAUACAGAAGGAACUUACAUUGACGGUUGGAAAAGUUUGGAAAUGUUGGUCGAUGAAGGACUUAUCCGAAGUAUCGGAAUCAGUAAUUUUUUUAAAGAAGAAAUUAUCAAGAUCCAAGAAAUAGCAAAACAUCCUAUAUCAGUUUUGCAAAACUGGUUCGACCCUUACUUUCAAGAUAGAAUGCUUAGAAUGGAAUGUCAAUACAUGGAAAUUGUUUACAUAGGAUAUUCAACACUAGGUGGAGUAUGGCUCGAAGAUGGAAUUAAACCGAAUCCAAUAUUAAAUGACGAGGUCAUCACGAAAAUUGCUGCCGAGCAUAACCGAUCACCAGCUGAAGUAGUUCUCAAGUGGGCUAUGAACCAGGAAGUUGUAGUGAUACCAGGAAGCACCAAAGAAGAACACCUGUCCAACAACCUUAACAGCCUCAAUCUUGAGUUAUCGGAAGAAGAAACUGUUCAAAUUGUUUCCCUCGAUGGAAAACUGGAACCUCAAUAUGAAGACGAUGUGGACUAUACACCUAAAUCUCGAGACCCUAUUGACUUUGUUCGCGAGAAAAUUACAUACUUGCUUUCAUUUGUAUGGCCUAAAGUUAAUACUGAUGUAAAAAGUGAAUUAUAACACCGGGUAUAUAUAUUAAAAAUACCACGAUUUCACGAGAGCAAACAAGCAAUUUUGUACCUGUUUAAAAUCGUGUUCACCAACUGACAUUGUUAAAAGGAGGUGUUUUGGAUACUAUUUUGACUAUGAUUCAAUCACUGUGGCAAAUUCAUGGAAUUCCCACUUCUGUAGCUGAUGACACAAAAUAACAAUAGUUUCAUCAUAUCAUCGUCAUUCAUGGGAGUGAAAGAGUAUUUUAUAUAUCCAAUUGAAAUUGCACGGAGUUAAACAUUUCAAAAGAUUUUUGACUAGUAGAUGGUAGUUUGACUAGUUCUAGUUGACAGCGCAACAAUAUUUUAAUGAGAUUUAGACGAACAGAUUCUGUUGAAGUAUAUUUAACAUUAGGUUAUUCUACGAUGAGCUAGGUUUGUAAACCUAUUUCUUACUUUUUUCUUUUCUUUCUUACUUAGUUUCACUAAUUUAUUUCUAGUGUACUCGAGACAGUGUGUAAGGAAGCAGCCAAGCUAAUAUAAACAGUUAAUUUACUCUCCUUAUAAAUAACAAAAAUGCCAACAAUAAAUAACAGCAUCAUUUAGCUUAAAAUUUGUUAAACAAUAAUAAAAACGGAACAUCAAAAAAA